GAAACUGAUAAUGAUGUCAUCGAAAAAAUUCCUAUGCGAGCCCGAUCACAAAGUUGGUUGAUAAGAACAAGGCAUAUGCUAGAUGAUGAUACGCCUCGUACUCCAGUAAUAUCAGGAAUUAUGUAUGCUCUUUCGAUCUUACUUCUCAUCAUUACUUUUCCAUUUUGUUUACCAUUCUGCUUAAAAAUCGCCAAAGAGUAUGAAAGAGCAGUGGUUAUGCGGUUAGGAAGACUCAUCGAUGGUGGUACUAAAGGGCCUGGAUUGUUUUUCGUUAUCCCAUGCAUAGACACAUUUCGAAUCGUCGAUCUUCGCGUUCUUUCUUUUGAUGUGCCUCCACAGGAAAUCCUUAGCCGAGAUUCCGUUACAGUGACUGUUGAAGCAGUUAUUUAUUUUCGUGUUAGCAAUCCUGUCAUAUCGGUUACUAAUGUCAACGAUCCACAGUUUAGCACUAAACUGCUUGCUCAAACUACACUUCGUAAUGUUUUGGGAACACGAACAUUAAGUGAAAUGCUUAGUGAAAGAGACAGCAUCGCCAAUGUAAUUGAAAAAGUGUUGGAAGAGGGGACAGAUCCAUGGGGAGUUCAAGUACAACGAGUUGAAAUCAAAGACAUACGUCUGCCUCACACGUUAAUGCGUUCAAUGGCUGCAGAAGCCGAGGCAGCACGCGAUGCUCGAGCUUUAAUUAUUCAUGCUCACGGUGAACAAAAAGCUUCAUGGUCUCUUGCAGAAGCAGCAUCAAUAAUUGGUGGAAGCAAAGUGUCGCUUCAACUGCGAUAUUUGCAGACUUUGUCAAAUAUAUCUUCAGAACAUAAUAAUACUGUCGUAAUACCAUAUCCAAUGGAAAUUGCUAGACAUUUCGCUCAAAAAUGGGCAAAAAUUAAAUAA